GAUAGUCAUGCUACACGAUUUGCUUAGUGUGCGCAUGUGGAAAGAAGAACGUUAAACCGAAUUUCAAAUUGUAUCAAAGAAUAAAAAAGAAAAUUGUCAUCAUUUUUUUUUCUCUUUCGUUGGUGCGUGAAAUAGUUUGUGUUUGCAUAACGCUCAUUCUGCGCUCGCGUUCGAAUAUUCUCAAUUAAAAUAAAUCGCGAAAUUUUUGCAUCGUCCAGUUCAAAAAGAAAAGAAAAAAAGAAUCAAACAAAAACAAAAACCAAAUCGACCCGUGAUACAUUACACCGACAAAUCAAAUCUAUAGAAUAAACUCGUGUGUGGACAAAUAAUAACGGUUAUAAUAUCUAAAUGUGAAUCCAAAGGAAAGAAAAAGUUUAGAAACGAAAAGUGUUAUGUCGAAAAACAAUUCUAUCGAACGGAUCGAUAGGUCCGUGUGUGUGUGUGUGUGUGUGAGUGUAAGUGCAAAUAAAAAGUAGAAUUUCAAAUAAGCUAAAAUAACCGACAAUCGAAAUUAAAACAGCCGCACCGCAGAUCUCGCCUGUAAUACACACACUGACGAAGGGCAUGACAGCAAAAAGAUAAACAAACAAUUUAUGUAAAAGAAAAUACUAGAAAAAAGCACAUUAGUUACACCAUUGCGUGCAAGACGGUGGAGCAUCUCAACAUACUCUCACUCUGACAUUCAUAACAAAAGAAUGAGCACUUUGAAUAAAUGAGCUCAAAAGAAACAGAAGCGACAGAAGCAGCAGCAGCAGCACCAUUACCACCAUCACUACCACCACUACCACCACCACCACCGCCACCAACAUCAGCUAUGAACCGUAUAGUGAAUAUUGUAGAUAUCCAGGCGAGAGAAAAAACCUCAUUAAAAUAACAACAUCCAAAUAAAUUAUCGUUUGCAUAUGUCUAUAUGUCUCUGUGCUCUGCUAUCCCACUGAUACAACUACACAUUGGUGGAAUUUCGUUGCAAACGCGCCAAAACUGUGAAUCAAUAAUCCAAAGAGAGCAGGCGAGCAAACGUGCCCGCAGGAAAGAGAGAGAGAGAGAGAGAGAGAGAGAGAGAGAGAGCGAGGAUAAUCGAAGCCACUUAGCACAGAUACACAUCACAAAACAACGAAAGAACGAAUGAAAGAAAAAAAAACACAGCGAUUCCAGUUUAUAAACCGAUCACCAGCCUCGAAAAUUGACAAACACAUUCAUAUAAAAUAGACUCCGAUAAAAGCGACUAACAAGCGCAUCCCCAGCACAUUAACAGGUACACAAAAACUAAUAAACAGCACAUGAAAAACAGAAGAUAAGAUAAAAUUCAACAUGAAAUAAAGAAGAAAAGGAGCGUGCCAGAAAAGAAUCACCAAAAAAAGAAACAGCGGCAGCUGAACGAGGGAGAGAGAGAGAGAGAGAAAAGUCGACGACAUAAAAACACAACAGCAACCGCUCCGAUCAAAGCAGAUAGCAAAAUUAUCUCACGAUACUCCGAAAAAAAAAAAAAAAUAAGCAGCAGCCGUAGGAGAAGAAAAAGAAGCAACUCAUAGUCUUGCAGCGGUAUUUCGGAUAAAACUGAAAUUCACUUCGUUGACUAAACAUUGACUCUCUCUCAAAACCUCGCACCGAUAUAAUACUCACGUGUUAGCGCGCACGUUGCAAACAAAACGGAGGGGCGCGCAAACGCGCGGAAAAUCCACAAGUUGAUCAAAUUUUGGGUGCAAGCAUUCUUUAUCCAGUGUAUUUGUGCUUUGUUCGUUGGCUGUGAGUGUGGUGUAUGUGUGUGUGUAUUCGUGGCAGCGCGCGCGUUCCAGUACGUCACCUUUCUCAAGCAUCUCACUUCGGUGUCAUCACUUUUGGUGAGCCGUCGCGCAUCAUCACAACGUAAUUCAAGCACAAUAAAGUGCAUGUAAGCUAAGCGAUAAGAAUAGGGCCGAUCGCCUUGCACAACCACGUAUGUCUCUGCUGGGGAAACCAAUAAAUUAUAAUCGUGGCGCACGUCGUGAUGCCCGUUAUAGAAGGCUUCAAAGUCGUGUAUACAAUUUUUUGGAACGACCAAGAGGCCUACCGGCCAUUUUGUAUCAUGUUCUUGUAUUUUUAAUGGUAUUCACAUGCUUGGCCUUAAGCGUUUUCUGCACAAUAGACGAGUACGAGGAUCAGGCAAUCGAUAUACUACUCAAAAUGGAGAUAAUAGUUGUUAUCUGGUUCACAAUGGAGUUUUCUGGACGACUUUGGUCAUCGGGUUGUCGCUCCCGCUAUCAAGGACCCAUGGGCCGCUUGAAAUUUCUCAAACGACCAUUUUGUAUUAUCGAUGUUGUAACGAUUGGUGCAUCGAUUGUUGUGAUAGGUAUGGGAACAUCAGGGCAGGUAUUCGCAACCAGUGCACUGCGUGGUCUACGAUUUUUCCAAAUACUCCGAAUGGUUCGGAUGGAUCGUCGAGGCGGCACAUGGAAAUUACUCGGAAGCGUUGUAUAUGCUCAUAGACAAGAAUUAAUCACGACAUUGUACAUAGGAUUUUUAGGACUAAUAUUUUCUUCAUUUGCUGUAUAUCUUAUGGAAAAGGAUGUGAAUAAAAAAUUUAGCAAUUUCGCUCAAGCACUUUGGUGGGGUGUGAUAACUCUAUGCACAGUUGGUUAUGGUGACAUGGUACCAGAAACGUGGCAAGGCAAGGUGAUCGCAUCAUUUUGUGCACUACUUGGAAUUUCAUUCUUCGCAUUGCCAGCUGGAAUAUUGGGCAGUGGUUUUGCGUUAAAAGUACAGCAACAACAACGGCAAAAGCAUAUGAUCCGACGACGACAGCCAGCCGCCACACUAAUACAGUCCCUAUGGCGAUGUUAUGCAGCCGAUGAGCAUUCUUUGUCGAUUGCAACGUGGAAAAUUCAUCAAGUGCCAUUACCCUCACCACCUCCAUCCUUUCGGGGGCAAAAGAUUUACCUGUUAGCGCGGCGUUAUCCAAGCGCAUCAGAAAGACGUGCAUCUUCUAGUUUUAAGCACAACGCAUCGUUCGUGGCAAGGCUACCAACCAUACGAAGGCAUAAGAGUCAAUCGUUACAUUCGCCAGCCGGCAAUUCGAAGCCACCGACUGCAUCGGGACGAGGACGAAUGCCGCAACGAACCAUGGCUGAAAUGAAUGCUUCCGCAGAAAAUUUAGAAGUUACAAAUAACGGUCGACCCAUGAAUCCGAGUUUAAGUGAGGACUCUGUUGCUGACACAGCGAUAUCGAAGCGCAAUUCCGAUGUCGAUUCAAUUGCAAUAAACAAUUGUGAGUCAAAGUUUAGUUUUUUAAAAUCGGCAACAACAGCGGUGCACGGGCAAUUUUGUCGUCAUUCGAGCCAUCCAUCGGCCAAUGCUAACGCCGCUGUCGCCACUGCCUAUUCAAAACCGGCUCUCUUGAAAAUUGGCGAAACGACAGCCUUACCGAUAAUGUUGUACCAUCAAUGGAUUCAAGUGCAGGAGCCAACACAAACCGAUGCAACUGACGAAACUGACGAUCAAAAAAUGGAGGAUGCCAGUCUGCAUAUAUCACACGAGGAUGAUGAGCCGCGCUGUGUUCAACUGACAAAUCAACACAAAACUGCGAUACGUUUUAUAAGAAAGAUGAAAUAUUUUGUAGCACGACGAAAAUUUAAGGAGGCCUUGAAACCAUACGAUGUUAAGGAUGUCAUGGAGCAAUAUGCAGCUGGUCAUGUUGAUCUGCUUGGCCGUACGCGAAACAUACAGUCUAGGCUAGAUCAAAUACUUGGAAAGCAAGGAUCCAAGGCAAAAGAUGUGUAUGCGUCGAAAAUCAGUUUGGCAUCACGUGUUGUGAAGGUUGAACGAUCGGUUGCCGAUAUAGAGGAGAAACUCGAUAUACUGAUAAAAGCGUAUAUGCAAGACCGUGAACGACUUUUAGCUCUUCCACUAGUUCCUGAAAAUAAUUCACAUUCCACUAAUUAUAAGAACAAUCCGCCAGCGCCGCCGCCACCGCCUGCCCCUGGUGUUGCAGGCAUACUAACAUCGUCCACUUCAGUGCCGAAACCUAUUCUAGUAGAAAAACAAUUCUCGGAACCGAAUUCACCGAUAACAAAGUCAUUCGAUCCAUCAAUCGAACAGGAAAUGCAACAGCAGCAGCUGCAACAACAGUCGAAAGCACAAGAAUCGUAUGCCGAACAGCAUUCACAAUCGCAACAACAACAGCAACAUCGUCAUCAGUCACAAAGAAGACCGCCAAUGCAACGAGGGUAUUCGGAUUUAGGUAAUCGCAUCAAAAAGCGAGUCACCUUGAGUUCGAUUCCAUCUCAAUACGUUGACAAUAAUUCCAUUCAUGCUGAUGGUAGCGGUGACGUUGUGAUUGUUGUGCCAGCCAUCGGUAGUGAUGAUAAAACGGAAUCAAUAUUGGUUAGUCGUUUACCGCACGAACACUCGGUUUGCAUCGAUCCCGAAGAAGCUGACAUGAUGGAACCGAACAGUCCAAAGACAAUAACCGAAAGCUCAAUUUUGAUGGUGGACGAAUGUGAAGAAGAGGAAAUCGAAGAGAAUGAUUUGGAUUGCGAAGGUGAAUUGGGUGAUAUGGACGUUGAAACGCCACCGUGGAAUUUCUAUGGUGACGAAGACAUUGACUGUGAUGAAGAGAUCGACGAUCAAGAAGAUACGGCACUUCUGCGAGCAUCGGCUGCUAAAACCGAAAUCGUGAUAACUCCCAUGAGUCCGGUGAGCUCGAAUGUAGAUUUAGCCCGAAUGAGUGCUGAACACAGUGGAAAUGGCGGUCGACAUACCGUAAGCAUAACCGAAGCAUCGACCCCAUUAACAAACAUCCGAACCAUGGACCUAUUAAAACCGGAAGCAUCGUCAUCGACACGACUCUUACAACCGGAUAACAUGUAAAAUAAACACCCAAUUCGGCAUCUUAAACGAGGAUUCAUCAAAUAGAAUGCCAGUAUGAAUGUAGGAAACGAAAACAAAACAAAAAAAACACACGAUUUUUCAUCGAUACCCCAGAUACAAGCAACGACAUCAAAUUGAUAAAUUAACUAUACAACAAAACGACAACUGCACGAAAAAACACACAACAAACAAACAAAUUACAUUCAAUAAACGACAAUUCAUCGAAACAUGAUUGAAUAGCAAUUAUUGCUGUCGCUUCGAAGCCAAAAACCAACAUAAAAUGAAAUUGGAACCGAUGCGCUCACAGCUUCAUCGACUUAGAAUUUAAGAAACAAAUUUAAGAAAAUGAAAUACAUUUUAUUUUGAUGUUUCGAUCAAAUUGUAUCCUCGAUUCGGUAGAAUUAAGACAGAAUUCGUGAACAAAAGAAAAGUUUGAAUAUUUGAUACCAUAAAUUAUGGAAUAAGUUUAAAUAGGAAUGCAAACGAGGCGAUAUGACGAAUGAAAUAUAUGUAUAUACGUUCUAAAUAUUAAAAUAGAAAGUUUAUCUUGCAAAGAUUUGUUGAUAUUUUGAAAGAUGAUUAUAAGUUAGACACAAAAUCAAUUGCAAGCGAAAAGAAACACAAAUUAUUACUCUGAUAUUAAAUUGGCCAAAUUAACUCCAUCGAUUUAAACACAUAGUUUCCCGGGCUGAAUUGGCCUAAGAAAAUGAUUCGCACCUAUCGAUUUGGUUCUAAGUGUUGACAUUUUCAAUUAUUUAAAAGGAAAAUGUGUCAUUUUUCUUUAUUUUCUCAUUGUUGUUGUCCAAUUGAAAAAUAUUUUAUUGGUAUACAUCAAUCAUAUUAUAAAUGCUGUUGUUUGUAAGGAUUCAUUUCCACCCUAGCUACGUUCAACAGUCAAUGUACAAAUAAAUACAAAAUUGAGCGUACAUCAAGCGAAAAGAAAGCGAAGAAGAAGGGAAAAUAUAUGGGACAAAAAAAAAUAAAAUUUAAGGUUUCAUACAUCAUAUUCAUAUUCGAAAAAUAUGUAUUAUUAGCAAAUCGAAAAGGGCAAAGAGAGCAACCGACUAAUCCUAUUCAAAAUCAUAGCCCAGGGAGAGAGAAGGAAAGAGAGAGAGAGAGAAAAAAAAUAGAAACGAACAUGAAAAUAGUUACAAUAAAAAGCAGAGCUCAUAUACAUACACGAAAUAGCUUUACUAUAGACCUUCUGACUUGGAAUAUAAGACUCUAUGCUCAAGUAAAGUGAAUAAAUCACGCUUAUAAAACAGUCACACAUUUGAACAGAUCGCAUUCGAAGUUGUGUUUAAACAGGCCACACACACAUACACACAACAAUACCAACAGCAGCACAACAACCAAACGGAAUGGCACCAGUGAAGAAAUAAAAAAGCAACGAAGCAAACCAGUACGGAAACUUCGAAACAAAAUUCCUUCAACAGCAGUGAGAAGUGAAUGGUUUGGAGCGAAAAUGUAAUACAGAAAAGUUGAGCGGCAAAAUGUCGAUGAUGAAUGAGCGGAAAAGGGAUAGCUAUAUAGUACACUGUAUAGUAAACUAUAGUAAACUAUAUAGCUAUCCCUUUUCAUUUGACAUUUUUCCGCUCAACUUUUCUGUAUUACGUUUUCGCUUCAAACCAUUCAAGUGAUAUAUAUGCAAAACAAAUUUUCUUCUUCCGCAAAAAUACCAACGAUUCAUACGAAAGAAGGGGGAAAAAAGAGAAGAAAACACGAGACCGAUGGUUGCACAAUUUGCACGCUAUUUAGACACCAAUGGAAUGAACCAAUCCAACGUUCUCCCUAUCCCAUUCUUCACCGGUCUGUCGAAUUGAGCAAAAAGUUUGGACCGAGGAAAAUGCAAGUUGUGAAAAAGAAAAAUAUUGGCGGAGAGAAAGUUUCUGCCUCGGAUCAUAAUAAUUUAUUGAAGAAGAUGUGCAUAUUGUUUGCUGUGUCCAAUUUGUUUGUUACGUUCGUACAACGAAAAUUUGUUGUGACACUUUCCUCAUGUCGUCUAGUCCGCUACGGCAAAAUGGUCAGAAAAAGGGCGGCCCGGAUUAGAAUUACAUUUGCAGAACUGACCAUUUCAAACUCAAAUUAUCACCAUGAGACACGAUUUUUUUUCCCGACAAACAUCAUGACUUUCGUAAUGGAAAAACCCCAUCCAUGAAAAAGCGAACAGGAAAUAUGUUUUCACCAUUUGCUCUGGACAAAUGUUGCAAUGCCUGAUUUUUCGUGGUUAUACUGAACCCAAAUGUAUGAAUUUUUAGAUGUUUGUUACCAAACGUUUAAAAUUCCAUACAAGAAAAACAAUUUGAAACAAAGAAAACAUUCAUAAACUAAGUAAUUGAAUACUUGGUAUCGAUCAGGAAUUAUUUAAAAUUUGACCGAAAAGUCUCUUUGCUUAGAGCAAUAACAUCUUCUUGAUCAAAUUAUCUGUUGAGAUAGAGAAUGAUUGCUCUGUCUAUUCUUCUCUUUGCAUUUCAAUCGAUUUAAAUACUGUUUCCAUGUGAAAGGAAACACUUUCUUCGUGCAAAUGGUUUUCGAUUGGACCGUUCUCUGCUACAGAAAAGCCACAGUCACAAGUUUUAGAAAACAAAAUCUACAACUGCAAAUUCAACAAAAAGUUGAUCAUAACUCAGCUGCUUUAUUUUAAAUUAUGUUACUUGAACUACACAACCGGUAUGACGGUGCGGACUACGCAGGAAAUAUUGGGAAAUUGUGUGCGGUAAUUGAGUGAGUGUAUAAACAAAGAAUAGGAUAUAUAUAGCAUCAGUGACCAAUUUUCUACUAAAUUAAACACCUACUGUCAUCACAUUGAUCUGUUUUGUCUGCCAUUUGUUCAGAUUAUAUUUGAUGUGCAAGAGUCUUCAUCUUUGCCCAUUUUUCUUCAUCCAAAAGAAAUACAAACAAAAAAUACGAAAAAUAUGGGACUAAAAUGUCAAUUGAACGGGCUUUCUCUUUUUUUUUGAUCAAUAUACAAAUCACCUACUUCCUAAGAUAAACCACUAAAAUCUUCUGUCAAUAGACAGAUAAUACGGCUCUUACUUGUUUUGUCUCCUCUUGAGCAUACUAAUCAGGUCACAAAACACAUUUCAAGAUGGGAUCAAAAAUCAUAGCAGAUUCAUAAGUCAUUUUCACAAUCUUUAAACACAUUCCACAAAAAUCCCCGCCUCUCCAAAACUAAAGCUAAUUAUUUACGAUAUAUUGACACGAACGAUGAAAAGGAAAACAACGUGUGUGUAUAUAUAUAUAUUUCGACCUCCUAAAAGGAAAUUUAGAUCUUAGGCAGCAUUUAGUGUAGGUACUAACCUACUAGAAGAUUUACAGUUUUAAGGCAAACCAAUUUUCAGUAUAAAUGUUAUGAACGAAUUGAACAUUUUAAAUUUAAACACACAAAAAGAUAUUGAUUGCAUCAAGUUGGUUAAUUGUGGACCCAUGAGUAUUGUAAAUAUAUAUGAAAAUAAAUACAUGAUUGUAUUCGCUGCAACAAUUUUCAUUGUUGUUGUUGAAUGGUAACAAUUUGUUACAGUGACAUUGAAAAUGUUACACAUGAAAUUUUGCUCUUUGUUCUAUUUAAUUAAAUGGCAAACGGGAAUGAGUUAGUUUAGAAAUUUCGUUUUACGGUCUAGAUUCACCUCACAAAAGUCAAUCUAUUCUUGGUUCUUGUCACGUGUUCAUUUGAACAGAAGAUAUAAAAAAAAACUCCAGUCCCAUUUGUUCACUAUUUUCUACUUUUAUUUUGUUAUUCAUUUCGUCGAAAAGAGUUGAUGUUUAUUUUGAAUAUAAGUAAAAAAAAAAGAUAUUCGUCGAUUAAGCAUUAGCACAUAGUUAAAAGUCAACUAAAUGAUUCGAAGAUGAAUGAAAUAAAACAUAUUGAUAACCAGAAACAAAGAAAAAAAAAUUGAAUAAAAAAAACGAACAAAAAAAAUGAAUAAUAAUAACUUUAAUUUCGAUUUUGUAAAGUUUUGUUUGAGUUCUGAUCAAGUAUAUUGUGAAAAGACGAUUUCAUUGGAAUCACAUAUGGUAUAUCAGCUUUACACUAGGGUGUUUUUCAAAUCUGGAUAAGAAAAAAAAAGGAGAGGACGGUAUCAGUUAAAAGAAUAGAAAAUUCUGUAACAAUUGAUGGUAUUCAUACAGUGUUACGAUUGAUAUUCAUACUUCUCGAAGCAAAGAAAACUGUUGAAGAAUCCGAAUAUCAACCUUGUAUUAGUAUGCACAAAAAAUGUCUUACUUCUGUUUGAUUCGUUGUAAACAGCGUACUCAUUAAACGGCCUUACUUCAAAUUGGCGGUUUUCGAACCGAUUACUGAAUAUAACCAUUUUGGAAAAUCAAUGUCGACUGGAAAACAUCCUAUGCACCGUCAGUAAUUGGCCAAAAAUUAUAGCUCGUACUGAAACUAGCCCACAAAAGGCUAGCGUGCGUUAAAAACUGAUUUUAUCAAUUAAGAAUUUGUAUUGGAGUGAAUGCUGGUGACGAUGUCAUCAUAAUGGAUUGCCGAACCGUUUUGUGCAAUCAUUGUGGU